CUCUACUCACCAUCUCUUAGGGUCAAAGCUCCCUCAUUUACAUCAAUUAAAGCCUUGGUAGUGGCAAGGGAAGGGCGUUCUAGUAUGAGUGGCAUCUCAAAACCCUCACUUAUAUCUAGGAUCACAAAAUCCAUCGGAUAAUAGAAUUUUAUCACUCGUACUAGCGCGUCCUCCACUAUGCCCCUAGGACUAAUGACAGAGCGAUCGGCCAAUGUGACACUAAGCCUCGUAGUCUUUAGUUCACCUAUGUAUAGCCUCUUAAAAAGCUUAUAUGGCAUCACAUUUAUGCACGCACCUAAGUUCACCAAGGAGUUUUCUAGGGUGAGAUUGGCGAGGUCUUCGAACUUCGGCUUCUUGGAGAGACACCCCUUGAGGUAUCUCGAAUACCUUGUCAUGUGGGCCAUUGCUUCAAGGAAGGGAAUGCUGAGGUGGAGCUUCCGGAGCAUCUCCAUGAAACAUCCACAUUCCACUUCCAAUCUUUACUUGUGCACCCUCGUGGGAAAAGGUAGUGGCGGUGUGUACUCAGCCACAGGUGGUGGCAUCGGCAAUGCCUUCCUCACCACUCCUCUCUUUUCUCCCGAUGUUUCUUGUUCAUCACCCUCGGGUAGAGAGUCUUCCUUCUCAUUCACUUCUUUGGCAACAACCUCCAGGGUCAUCUUCACGCUCCUCAAAUGGAUUGCAUUCACCCCGGCAUGAUCCUUGGGGUUGGUAAUGGUUUGAGAGGGUAGGGCUUCCUUUGGUCUCUCGGUGAGGAUCCCGGCAGGAUUUCUAAUUUGCACUUCCAAGUUAUGGAGUCUUUCUUGAUGGCUCCGGAGUCCUGCCUCAACCGAGGUAAACUAGGAGGUUGCCACAUCCAUGAAUUGCCCAAUCUUCUCGAACUUCUGAGAGCUUGUACUCACAAAGGAGGUCACAAGGUCUGUAAGCUUAGAGAACUUGUCGACUUGUUGUUGUUGUUGAAACCUUUGACCGCCUUGUGCUUGGUAGGGUUGUUGAAGCCCGAGUUUUGGAAUUGAGGUCUUUGUUGGAUGAAGGUUGGCCGAGGUUGAUUGUUGCCCAUUGGACCUUGGAAACCGGUAGGUCUUGAAUUGGUAGGGGAAGACCAAGCGAAGUUUGGAUGAUUGCGCCACCCGGGGUUGUAUGUAUUGCUAUAAGGGUUAUUCCCUCUAACAUUGGUAAUGAAACUCAUUUGCUCCUCGGUGGGUACUUGUCUCCUUCAUCGCUUGGAAAUCCGCAAUUUCAUUAUUAGUGCUUGAACACCAAUCACAAGAUAUCACCGCUCUCUUCCCUUGCUUCUUGUCCUCAAUGAUCACCUCGAUCAACUUGUCAAGCUUUGUUUUAAGUGGAGCACUUGUUCCCACACUUCACACUCCUGGAUCGUUGCUUCUCUUCCCACUUCUUGUCAAGCCCCAAUCAUAUCCCUUAAGGGCCAUAUCUUCGAGCAACUCGGUCACUUGAGGAGGGUCAUGUUCAUCAAAUUCCCUUGGCAAAGAGAGUCAAUGAGGAUCUUGUCGUCUUGAAUGAGUCCUCCAUAGAAAGUUUCUAUCCGAAAUUGCUCCUCGAAUCCAUGUUGAGGGCAUUGGAGAAAGUAGUUGGAGAAUCUUUCCCAUGAAUCCCUCAAUGUCUCAUCCUCCUCUUGCUCAAAGUGAGUGAUCUUCUUCCUCCACUCGGACGUUUUGGAAGGAGGACAAUAUCGGGGCAUGAACUUGUUGAGUAAGUCGUCUCAAGAGGUGAUGGAUAGAGUCGGACGGUUGUUGAGCCAUCGGAGUGCCUUCCCCGCCAAAGAAUACAGGAAGAGCUUCAAUAGCAAUGCCUCCUCGGGGAUGCCAUUUAUCUUCAAGCUUCCCGCUAGCUUGUAACAUCCUAACCCGGCCGGGUACUACUUUUACUAAAAUGCCCUUGAUAAAUAAAAUACUCAAAUCUUA